GAGCUGCCUCCCCGGCGGUGCAGCAUCUGGACCCGGACCAGGUGGAAGUCAUGAAGGGAGAUUUACAGCAAAGGACGCUGCUGCAGUUUAUUAUAUCCACAUACUGACUGUACUGUUGUGUAAGAUACAAACAAUAAAAUAUUACUUCUACGUGUUAACUCAUUUUUCAGCGGGUUUGGCUCGUGUUUUAGCCGCUGUCUCUGGUUUCAUCCUGUUUUCCCCCGGAGUUCCUCCCCCUGCGGCGCUGGGCGGAGUUUCAUACCGGACUAGACGCUCCUUUUGUCGGAUCCAUUUCGACCUGACUCCCCGGGGUUCACGGCCGAAAAAAACACACUUUGAAAGUCCCGAAAUAAUCCAAACGAGCACGGUGGUGUGCAGUAAUAAGCCGGGGUUCUGCCUGAAUUAAAAGGAGGAGUGGGCGGAGUCAGCUACGUCAGUUGCUGCAUGAUGAACGGCAGCAGCAGCGUCUCUGCGGCUCAGAGUGCCAGAAUCAAACGAGAGCCAGAUGAUUGGAGUAAGGAGGACUGUCUGACUCUGCUGGAGAGGAUUCGGGGGAUCCUGCCCGAUACAGACGGGAUGAAGUAUAAAACCACAGAGUCUCAUUUCGACUGGGAGAAGGUUUGCUUCGGCAGCUUCAGCGGAGAAAUGUGUCGGCUGAAGUGGCAGAAAGUUUCCACAGAGGUUCGUAAAUACAGAACGAUGACAGAGCUCAUCGUGGACGCCAUCGAGUUUGUGAAGAACCCGUAUAAAGGCAAGAAGCUGAAGACUCAUCCAGACUUCCCUAAGAAGCCUCUGACUCCGUACUUCCGUUUCUUCAUGGAGAAACGAGCCAAAUACGCCAAAAUCCACCCGGAGAUGAGCAACCUGGACCUCACCAAGAUCCUGUCCAAGAAGUACAAAGAGCUGCCCGAAAAGAAGAAGCAAAAAUACAUCACAGAGUUCCAGAGAGAGAAAGAGGAGUUCGAGAAGAACAUGGCUCGCUUCAAGCAUGAUCAUCCAGAGCUCAUCGAGGAGAGAAAGAAGUCUGACCUGCCGGAGAAACCAAAAACUCCCCAACAGCUGUGGUACAACCACGAGAAGAAGACUUACAUGAAGCUGCACCCAGAUGUGAGUCAGAAGGAGCUGAAGGAGGCUCUGAGGAGACAGUGGUCCCAACUGUCCGACAAGAGGAGACUCAAGUGGAUCAGUAAAGCUCUGGAGCUGCAGAAGGAGUACGAGGACAGCAUGAGAGUGUAUCAUGAAGCUCAUCCAGAUGCGAAUACAGACGAACACGUCCGCUCCGUCCUCACGAAGGCAGAAAGACAGCUGAAAGACAAGUUUGAUGGACGGCCGACAAAACCGCCACCUAAUGGCUACUCUCUGUACUGCGCGGAGCUGAUGGUGAACAUGAAGGAUGUCCCUAGCACCGAGAGGAUGGUGCUCUGCAGCAAACAAUGGAAAAUGAUGACUCAGAAAGAGAAGGACAUGUUUCAGAAACGCUGUGAGCAGAAAAAGAAGCAGUAUGACAUCGACCUGCAGAGGUUUCUGGAGAGUCUGCCGGACGAGGAAAGAGACCGCGUCAUGACGGAGGAGAAACUGGGCGGGUCCAAAUCGGCUGCCAGUCCACACAGAGCCAAGUCUCCUUCUGUGAAGGAUCGCGGUCGGGAGGCGGAGCCGGAGACGUGGGUUUCUGCCGGAGCGCCAAAAGAGAGACAAGGCGGGAAGAAGACAGUGAAACUUCCAGAAACGCCAAAAACAGCAGAAGAGAUGUGGCAGCACAGUGUGAUCGGAGACUAUCUGGCUAAAUACAGAAGCGACCGCAGGAAGGCUCAGCAGGCGAUGGAAGCAGCCUGGAAGUCGAUGGAGAAGAAAGAGAAAAUUCCCUGGAUCAAGAAAGCAGCCGAGGACCAGAAACGCUACGAGAGGGAGCUGGUGGAGAUGAGAGCACCUUCUGCAACUCAGGGUCAGAGGAAGCCGAAGUUUGACGGAGAACCAAAGAAGCCUCCCGUGAGCGGGUAUCAGAUGUUCUCCCAGGAGCUGCUGACCAAUGGGGAGCUGAACCACUUCAGCCUGAAGGAGCGCAUGGUGGAGAUUGGGAAGCGCUGGCACAAACUGACCCAGAACCAGAAGGACAAGUACAAGAAGCUGGUGGAGGAGCAGCAGACGGAGUACAAGGCCGAGCUGGAGGCCUGGAUCAAGUCUCUCUCUCCUCAGGAACGAGCCGUCUAUAAGGAGUUUUCCACCACGAAGCGGCGCAGUACUGCGAAAGCUCGCAGCAGUCCAGGAGCAAAAGUCCGAGUGACGGCGAAGACCAAGGCAGGAAGCUCAAGAGCCGUGACGCCUGGAGUCACCGUUAGCAAGAGGGCGAUGGCGUACAGAGCCAAGCAGGACAUGUCCGACUCCGAUGAAGAAGAGAAGAGCGAGUCGUCUGACUCUGAUGAAGAUGACGAGACGUCAGGAAGCAGUGACAGUGAUGACGAAGACGAAGACGAGAAUGAUGAAGAGGACGAUGAAGACGAAGACGAUGAAGAUCAGUCGUCCUCAGAGGAAUCCAGUGACUCUGACUCGGACUAGCUCCGCCCCCUCCCCCUCAUUGGAGAGGACCGGCUGUGCAGGCCACGCCUCCUCACAUGCCAAUCAUCCCAGCAGACCAAUGAGAGGCGGCGACGUCACCCCGCUGGGCCGCUGACUCCGCCCCCUCCCCUCUGAAGGGGCGGGGCCUGACGGAGCGUUUUGUUACGUGUUUGUUUUUUAAUCGAGUGUUUGUUGGUUUUUAUCAGACGGACGUUUAAGACGGGUGGAGACGGAAGUGUUUUGUUUUUUCAGAGUGGGGGGGCGGGGUUUGUACAGUCUGAUGGGGGUGGGGGGGUUGUUGUUAGUUACAGCUGAGGGCGGAGUC